AUGCUAGACGUUCAGCCGGUUCAACCUGACAUUGGAAUAGCAGAAAACGCUGGACAGAUUGGUAAUCCAAUUCGUGAUGCAGAAACUGUUGAUCAAAUAAUAUGUGCAGAAAUUCCAGAUGAAUCAAAGAAUCCAGAGCUCUUUAGUAUUGUCAGACAAUUUCAAGUUCAUGGGCCUUGCGGAAAUCAAAAUGUGAAUUCACCUUGUAUGGAUCCUGAGAAGAAAGUUUGUACAAAACAUUAUCCGAAAGCGUUUUGUUCAGAGACAAAUUAUCAUUCUAAAAAUUAUCCAGAAUAUAGACGAAGAAAUGAUGCAUGUGGUAGUACAGGUGGCGUUAAAUAUUUAUUUAAAUAUUGUUAUAAGGGACAUGAUUGUGCGAUAAUAGGAUAUAAGGAUAAUAAUAAUAAGGAAAUGCAAUAUGAUGAAAUUAUACAUUAUUUAAAUACACGUUAUGUAUGUCCACCAGAAGCAAUGCAUAGAUUAUAUGAAUUUAAUAUGCAUGAACAAUCACAUGCAACAUAUAGACUAGCUGUACAUUUACCUAAUCAACAAUCAAUAUGUUUUAAAGAAGGAUUAGAGGAAGAAGCAGUUAAUAAAUUUAAAAAUACGACUUUGACAGCAUGGUUUAAAUUGAAUGCAGAAAGUCCUGAAGCUCGAAAGUAUUUAUACGCAGAAAUACCACAUAAGUAUGUUUUCGUUGAAUCAUCAAAAACUUGGAAAAUAAGGGAACGGGUCACUAAGCCUUUAAUUUGUCGUAUGUAUUUUGUUAGUCCAAAAGAUAUUGAAAGAUAUUUUUUGAGAAUUUUGCUUCUUUAUGUACGUGGUGCAAAAUCGUUUGAAGAUAUAAGGACAUACGAAGGUAUUAAGUAUAACACUUUUGCAGAAGCAGCGCGUGCUAGAAAUUUGAUGGUAGAUGAUAAUGAGUGGGAUAAUUGUUUGACUGAAGCCGUAAGUAUGAAAUUUCCUAAAGAACUUUGUCGUUUAUUUGCAUAUAUAUGUGUGUUUGGUUUGCCUGUGAAUGCUGUUGAUUUAUGGAAAAAAUAUAAGGAACAUAUGAUUUUUGAUAAUAGUUUACCUACAGAAGUGUCGAUUCAAAAAUCAUUAAUUUUAAUCAAUGAAGUACUUAGUUUCCAUGGAUUUACACUUAAUCAAUUUGGUUUGCCAGGUAUUUAUCAAAAAGUUCUAGAUGAUUAUGAUUCAAUAAGAGUGGAAGAUAAUGCUUUGGAAUUACAAUUACUUAAAGAAGAAGCUGAUAGUCCCAUUAAAAGUUUAAAUAAUGAUCAACGUAGUGUUUUUAAUGAUAUUAUGAUAGCAGUACAUGACGAUAAUUGCAAUAAGAGAUAUAUUUUUCUUGAUGGACCUGGAGGUAGUGGCAAAAGUUAUUUACACAAUACAAUUAUUACUACUCUUGAAAGUGAAGGAUUGGUGGUUUUAUCAGUAGCAUGGAUAGGUAUUGCUGCUAAUCUUUUAAAAGGUGGACGAACGUCACAUUCUAUGUUUAAGUUUCCUAUACCAAUCAAUGAAGAUUCAACUUGUAACAUAAGUGGAAUGUCAAAACAUGCUGAACUUUUAAGAAGUGCUAAAAUCAUUAUUUGGGAUGAAAUUACAAUGGCUCCAAAAUAUGCUUUACAAGCAAUGGAGUCUAUGUUGCGAGAUAUAACAAAAUGUAAUAAACCCUUUGGAGGUAAAGUUAUUUUGCUUUCAGGAGAUUUUAGACAAACUUUGCCAAUUGUUCCACAUGGUAGUCGUACUCAUAUUGUUGAGGUAUGUGUGAAAAAUAGUAUAUUGUGGAAUUAUUUUGAAACUAGGUGUUUACAUGUUAAUGUUAGAUUGGAUAAUAAACAGAUAGAGUUUGCAAAAUGGUUGUUGAAUGUCGGCGAUGGUAAAGCAGAAAGUAUAAUUGAAAAAGAAAAUAAUAUUCUUGAAAUACCACAAGAAUUGAUUUCAAAUGGGAAUUUGAUUGAUGAAAUAUAUGGAUCAUCUAUAAAAUCCAAUGAUGUAUCUGUUUACUCUUCUUGUAUUCUUUCAUUAACUAAUUCUGAAGUAUUAAAUAUGAAUGAACGAAUUUUAGAAAAAUUAGAAGGAAAAGAAAUUGUUUAUUACAAUAUUGAUUCACACAUCGAUAAUGAUUCAAAAGAUAUAAAUAAUAUUGUUCCAGUAGAAUUUUUAAAUAGUAUAACACCAGAUGGUUUGCCACCACAUAAAUUAUCAUUAAAGGUAGGAAGUAUAAUUAUGCUUUUAAGAAAUAUGAACUUGGUACAAGGAUUGUGUAAUGGAACUAGAUUAGUUGUAAGAUCAUUAUUGAAAAACGUCAUUUCAGCAGAAAUAAUUACAGGAAAAUCAAAAGGUGAAAUAGUUUUUAUUCCUCGAAUUGAUUUAUCUCCUUCUCAAGAUGCAUUUCCUUUCAAAAUGGUAAGAAGACAAUUUCCAAUUAGACUUGCUUAUGCAAUGACUAUUAACAAAUCUCAGGGUCAAUCUUUUGAUAAAGUAGGAAUAUAUUUACCAAUUUCAGCAUUCGGUCACGGUCAAAUUUAUGUUGGUUGUUCUCGAGUUAAAUCUAAAGAACAUUUGAAAAUUUACGUCACAGAUUCUGCAAUAUUUAAAAAUUUAGAAUUUCCACAAAAGAUAUAUAUCAAAAACAUUGUUUAUCAAGAAAUACUUUGA